AUGGACGCUCGACAGAUGAAGACGAGCCCAAUCAUCCUCUCGAACAUCCAUCCAUUGUUCAUCCUGACGGCUUUAGGGUCAUCUCCCUCCUCUGUCGAGCACUAUCUUGACGACGGCAACGCCAGAGCAGGUUGCGAAGAAGUGGUCCAGCGAUGGUGGCCAUGCCUGCCCUCUUCUCCUCCUCCUUCAGGGUUCCCGUCCUUCGCGUCGCUUCCCUCGUCUGCACAAACACUCGUUGCGUCGCCUCAGCAGCUUUUCAUCUGCUACGGCACAGUGCUAAUACCACGACGUCUGAAUUGGUCAGAAUGCCGCAGAACUUGGCGAGCAUCUCACGUUCAAGCAAACUUGAAAUUAGAGGUUUUUCGUCAAAGACAAAUAUUUUUCGAGAUCACAUUCGUUGCAGUGCGCCGAGGAUUGGAGACCUUGGUAGUCGGAAUAGUGCUGGUGCUGACAUUUGGCAACUUUCUCAGCCCAGGCUGGUUCAACCUCUCUCAAGUUCACUCGCGUUUACUCACCGCAGCAGCUUCUCGAGUGUAUUCUAUGGCAACUCCUGAUGCGGCGCCUUCCAUCGUUGUUUAUGUGACAGUUCCCAACAAAGAAACUGGGACAAAGCUGGCGCAUAGCAUUAUUGAGAAUAAGCUUGCCGCCUGUGUAAAUCAAAUUCCAGGCGUGGAAUCCACUUAUUGGUGGGAGGGCAAGGUUGAGACAGAUACAGAAAUCCUUCUCAUGAUAAAAACUCGGCAAGCCCUUCUUGGUGAACUCACGGACCAUGUAAACAACAAUCACCCUUACGACACACCAGAGGUUAUUGCUUUGCCUAUCACUGGUGGAAGUGAAAAAUACUUGAAGUGGAUUGGAGACAACACUAAAAGGGCAGAAUUGGCUUAAGGGGCAUUUGCACUGUGUUCCAUGUCUUGGAUCAGUUAGCUAUGUGCGAAGGCCUUCAAAGCAAUCCUAAUUUCGCAUGGCCAUAGAUAUGCUUGAAUAGGUUAUUCUACGCCUGAAUAGUCACUUCGAAAAUCCUGAACUGAACAUGUACACAUGCUUACAUUUUGUGAUGACCUUCAUCACAAAUAAAGUAACUUGAAAGAAAAUCUGAUCGUAUGUCACCAGUUCAGACACUUCAUA